GGAGGUGUGGUGUAUGAAUAAAUAGUCAUGUCAAACUAGCAAACACACCUCAAAGUCAUAGAGAUUCAAGAGAAAAGUCUAACUACAGAAGAAGCAGUUUUGCCUCUAAAGGCAAGAAGUCAGAGGAAGCUACCAUUGAAAAGGACACCAUGAAGACUCUUCCAGUUAUUCUGCUUCUGGCACUGGCAGCCGUUGCAACUCUUGCAUAUGACUCAUAUGAGAGCUACGAGUCAUAUGAAGUAUAUGAUCCCUUCCUUAACUCAAGAAAAGCCAACUCAUUUAUGAAUUCCCAGGCCAAAAACCAGCUUAUGAAUGAGAGAAUCCGUGAGCGCAACAAGAGCCCACGGGAGCGCCAACGAGAAACCUGUGAAGAAUAUGAUCCAUGUGAAAGAUAUGCUUUACGUUAUGGGUUCACUGCUGCCUACAAGCGUUACUUUGCACAGCGUCGCGGAGAGAAAAAGUAAAGCAGAACCAUAAAGAAAAACAAGAUUUAUACAGAGGGAAGGAUUAAUGCGUCUGCACAUUCUACUUUGUAGUGAGACACUUCUGCAUUCUGACCUUGCUCUACUCAACCAGAGAAUUCCUAUGUCUAUUUCCCAGUCACUCCCCAUGUGUAAAAUACAUAGCAUUCAUCCUGACAUAUUGAGUGUGUUCAAUCUAAAGCCUCUUUCUUUUAGAAAAUGUCAUGGUUUUAAAAAUAAAAUGCUGCUUUUAUAAAUAAAA